CCCAGCAGGACUCGAGUGAAGUUGUGAGCGGGUUGCCAAACUUCUGCUUCCUCUAGCGGCUGUCCGCAGGGCCCGGGGCUCCUGUCACCGGCCCUGUGGAUGAGGAAGUGAGAAGGAACUCAAACCGUACUCCCAGGAGAAAGGAAUCCCUUUGAUGGGAGAAUCCUCUUUCCUGGCCUCCUGGGUCAAUCGCUGUGCCACAAUGAUGGAUGAGCAGGAGGUGUUGAACUCCAUCAUGCAGGACUUGGCCGAACUUCACCGUUCCAGCCGUCCUGCAACGUUCCUGUCCGACUUGGGAAAACCGAAAGUCUCCUCACCUAAGAACCAGAAUGACAUUAGAGUGAAGUUCGAGUUCAAAGGAGAGAAGAGGAUUUUGCAGUUCCCUCGACCCGUCAUGUUGGAUGACCUCAGGUCAAAAGCUAAGGUGGCUUUUGGUCAGGUCAUGGACCUUCACUACAGCAAUAAUGAGCUGGUGAUUCCACUGACCACUCAGGAUGAUCUGGACAAAGCCGUGGAGCUUUUGGAUCGCAGUGUUCACAUGAAGAGCCUUAGGAUCCUUCUGGUUCUUCAGUUGUCGUCUCAGAAUUGUUCCUCCAAUAUGGACCUUUUGCCUUCUCACGAGGAGCUAGACAACACAGGAUUCAGGGUAGCUGACAAGAAGAGUAUGCUAGAUUUAAUAGGCUCCCAUUCAACAGACCGCAGCUCUCCUCCUCCUGGAUACAUUCCCGACGCUCUCCAGCAGGUGGCGAGAAACGGUUCUUUUACCAGCAUAAAUAGCGAAGGAGAAUUCAUUCCUGAGAGCAUGGACCAGAUGUUGGACCCUCUGUCAAUGAGCAGUCCAGAGAACUCAGCAUCUGGAAGUUGUCCUUCUUUAGACAGCCCUCUGGACAGCGACUACUCAAAGUCCAGGAUGCCCAGAGCACAGAGCUACCCUGACAACCAUCAGGACUUUCAGGAGUACGAUAUCCCAGUGUUUGAAAAGUCAGGUAAAGGUGGAACAUAUCCUCGACGCUAUGGCAUUCCUUUUGGCCUUCAGGACUAUAGUGAUGGAAGGAAAACGUUCCCCCGUGCUCGGCGAACACAAGUCCACGGUUUCCGCUCACCUGUCAGCUUUAGUCCCACUGAGCAGUCGCCGAGCACCAGCAGUGGCAGCAGUGUCUUCACCCCUGACCUGGAAGAAGUCCCAGGCCCUGCCAGACGGCCGCGAAGAGGCAGCGACAUUGAGCCUAAUCCCACUGUUGCUCCCACUCUGUCUGUCAUGGACAUUAGUCCACCCAGCCGCUCUCCACGUGCUCCAACCAACUGGAGGCUAGGAAAGCUUUUGGGUCAGGGAGCCUUUGGACGGGUCUUUCUCUGUUACGAUGCUGACACUGGACGAGAAUUAGCAGUCAAACAAGUGCAGUUUGACCCUGAGAGUCCAGAAACAAGCAAGGAGGUGAGUGCACUGGAGUGUGAAAUCCAGCUCCUCAAGAACUUGUGCCACGAGCGGAUUGUCCAGUACUAUGGCUGCCUGCGAGACAGCAUGGAGCGAACACUCUCAAUUUUCAUGGAGUACAUGCCUGGAGGUUCUAUUAAGGACCAGCUAAAGUCGUACGGAGUGCUGACUGAAAACGUCACACGCCGAUACACCCGGCAGAUCCUGGAAGGGGUUUCCUACCUGCACAGCAACAUGAUUGUUCACAGAGACAUCAAAGGAGCAAAUAUUCUUCGAGACUCUGUUGGCAACGUAAAGCUAGGAGACUUUGGAGCGAGCCGACGGCUUCAGACCAUCUGUCUUUCAGGAACCGGCAUCAAGUCAGUGACUGGCACGCCCUACUGGAUGAGCCCAGAAGUGAUCAGUGGAGAGGGCUAUGGCAGGAAAGCUGACAUUUGGAGUGUUGGCUGCACUGUGGUGGAGAUGCUCACACAACGGCCACCUUGGGCAGAGUUUGAGGCCAUGGCAGCCAUCUUUAAAAUCGCCACCCAGCCCACUAACCCUGUUCUCCCAGCUCACGUGUCGGACCACUGCAGGGAGUUUCUUAAAAAGAUCUUUGUUGAGACCAAGCAGCGACCAUCUGCUGAUGAGCUUCUGCGGCACAUCUUUGUACAUUAGUCCAAGCUCUGACCCUUUUUUUAAAAAAAAAAAAAAAAAAAAAAAACUUGCCCUCCUGCCAAACUGGGUCCCUGAUCCUCAUUCCUUUCACCUCCGAGCUGAAACCACAUCAGACCAAGUUGAUCUGGCUGGAUAAAUGGUGGGGUGUGUCGGCAGAGGGUUAAUGGCACUUUCCUGGGCCUCCAUGUCUCUGUUUGUAUGAGACUGCCAUUGAUUGAUGUGACUUUUCUUUCUCUGCAAGUUGCACCUUAAUUUGUCAAAAAAAAAAAGAAGGUCGGGAGGCAAAGUAGAGACUUCUUUAAUCUGCGAUUGAAAAUAACUGUUUGAAAAAUGUCUUCUUUUCUAUGUUUGUACGGUUCCCGUUUCUGUCUUCAAACCUUUUGGAGUUGUUGGUGUUAUGGACCUACAGGACGUGAUUCCCCGUCUUGCUCACCCGAUCCUCCGAAUGUAGUCUCCUGCCAAAAAACCCCAGAGUGACAGUGACGACCUGGGUCCUGCUGCUAUUGACAAAACUAUACCCCAGAUACAGACAAACACUCCCUAGAAAAUCGAAACAUUUUUCACCUGCCUUCUGGUCUGGUCAGAUGCAAAGUUUUGUCUGCUCUCUUGUCAAAAAAAAACUUCCUUCACUUUCGCCCCGUCAUCGCUCUUUGACGUGUGCCUUUUCCGUUUUAUGGAGAAGUGAGCUUGGAUUUGUUGGAUAAUGACAUUAAUAUUACGCUAAAGUAGUUCUCACUGUUGGUCCUAAUCAGCUGAUCUCAAAUCAGCCAUUGUUGUCGUUGUAUGCCCAUGCUGUGCUUUUAAAAUAGUUAAAUGUGGCUGGAACUCAGACCUUUGAAUUGGUACUUGUUCUUCCAACAAGGCUGAAGCGAAUUACUAUUUCAGCUAAUGGUAGGAUAAUUAUUUCCUUGAUAAGCCAAUGAUAGUGCCCAGAUUAGUCAUUAUUGGUCAUCUGAAUGUCCCAGCUGUGGUUUACAAAUGGUAUUUGCAAUGGACAGAAUGUGCAGAAUGUUUCCUAAGGAACCCAUGUCAUGCCCUUGUGGGUGUUUUCACACUUGUCAUCUCUGGAUCAUUUCAAGCCAAACCAGGCUGUAAAAGCACCAUCACGAGCUCUAAUGUCAUGACUAAUCUGCUAAUCAGAACAUUUGCUUGUUGUUCAAACAGCGUACAGACCAAACAAGAUCCAAUGAAACUAAAGCCACAAACCUCCUUCUAAAAGGCUACACUGAGAAAUUCUGUCAUGUGAAAAGAUGUAUGUCUAUGGUAAUGAGUCCAAAGGAGCAGAAGAACAAAUAAGGCGUUAAAAAGAUCAGAUUUAGUCCAACAACUUUGGUUUGGUUUGAACUUUAAGAAAUCAACAAGUGUAAAUGAGCACUCUAAAAGAAGAUAAGAAAGUGGGCAAAUGGAAAAGGAACUGAGUUCUUGUUCUGUUGGUGCAACGCCAGGUGCAAACGUGAAUAGAAGUUGCAGGUUUUGAAGCUCACUGUUGUUUGGCCAGAGGUUUUACCUGCAUGAAGCUGUUUUCAUUCAUUUCAUUAUUAAGAGAAAUGUCUGCACAAACAAGUACAGCCAUUCUAGAGCUCUACCCUUCUUAUUGUAUCAUGUUGUUACUAGGUACUGUAGGUUCACUGUGAAAGUACUGCAUAGUACAUUCUGUGGCUAACACAUCACCAUAUGCCACAUUGGAACAUCCUUGGAUCCUCUCAUCAUUUGAAGUUUGCGCUUCUGGUCACCUUAAGUCCAAGCUUUAUUACAGUUCUCAGUUUACAAGAACACCACAAACACUCGAGUUUUUUAAUCUCCACAUUUUCUGCAGUGGUGUUGAAUCUGACCAAUAGCACUCAGUCCCAGUAGGCUUGCACCACUGACCAUACAUACAAAAAGGAAACAGGAACGAGGGGGUUACCUCAAACCUCUGUUGAUAACUGUUGGUUACGCUGCAGAGAACUUGUGAGCUUUAUAAAUUAGGAUCCCAUUCAUAGACACAUCAAAGUCAACUUAACCCAAUAGAGCACUUCCAGUCCACAAAAUAGCUUUACUUUGCAACCAUCGUUUACAACAUCUUUUACUGUACAGUUGACCAUCCCGACUCCAGAACCAGGUUCAAGUGAUAGCUACAUCUUCAAAAGAAAACCUGUACUGUCUGCUUGGUUUUAAUCUGUUUCUGCUCGUCAUGUCUUGGUGCUUGGAUGAAAUCAGAAAGAUUCUGGCUGACAUUUCUAUGCGGUACGUUUUCUCCUGCAGUUUUGUGCCAGAUAAUAAUUAGCAAAUCUACACGGUCAGUGUGGACUUUGGAUUUUGUUUUCCGUUCUGUUUUAUAUUCACUUGGGAAAAAAAAUAACGGUACCAAAAAUUCUGAAACUGAAGAAAAAUCCAGUACAUUAUAUGCAUAUCAGCCUUCGUUCCAAAAAAAGUUAAAUACAGUUAAAUAUUCUGGCCCCAGUGGAGAAUUAAAAACUGAUUUACACUACCAUUAUGCACUUAUGAGAUCUCCACUGUUGCUUUUACCCCAUUCCUUGUCAGCUUUUGCUAAGUAGCCCUGUUUUUCUUUGCACAUUUCAAAAGAUUUGAAAAUUUUAUUUUUACAAAGGUGUGAAUGGACUGGUAUUUGUGUUUGUUUUAGUAAAAAAAAGUUCUAAAAGCAUAACAUCUGAUUGUACACCAUCAGUGGGAUUUAAAUAUUACAGUGGAUUAACUGUUUUGGUACAAGUAUUUGCUACAGGCACCAAGUUACACAACUGUAAUUUUCUUCCAUGUCAAAAGCCACUGCUGCCACUAGUCUAUUGGGGUGUGUGUGUGUGUGUGUGUGUGUAUUAUUGAUGUGCAUUUACUGCAACAUAUGCUGGUUUGAUUCCAGGGUUGUCACUUUUUUUUCUAUAAGUUCAAGUUUCAGAUUCAAUUUUGUUAAAGUGUGCCUCAGACCAUAUAACAGCCUUCCUGUUCAAACAAACAUGACAUUGUGCCUGAAAAGCAUCAGGACUUAUGCAGAACCAGAAAUACUACGUGUGGAAUUCUAAAUACAUCACAAAAUAACCUGCUUUUCCACCUUUUUGUUGCUCAGUGACUAUUAUGCCUCAGUGCGUGCCUUUGCUGCUCAUAUUAACUCACUGCUUUUAUUGUCAUUCAGGCAGAACUCAAAAAAUCCACCUGAAACAUUUUCACCAACAACAUAUUUUACAUGAAUGAAUGAUAUAGAAACAUAAAUAUGUUAGUACUCCACUUAAGUUAUGCUUGCAGACUAUUAUUGCCUCUGUGCCUUUACCAGAGGCACGUUAAUUCUAAUCUAUGCUUCUCAGACAGUAGGGCUGUUAGUUUAUUAUUCUAAAACAAGCAAAGCUUAUCUGGCUGACCACAGCAUCACCUCAGCAGCAGCGUAAUCUUGUCCAGUUCUUUAAAAGUAACUAUAUUACUCUGUGCUCUGCUUGGGUACUCUGAUGGCUUUGUCUGUGCAUUCCAUAUAUUUGUAAGCUUAUUAAACUCAUGCUAAAACACAACUAAAGAAGUACUAUAGUAUGCAUUUACCCAGAACCCAAAAACCUUGCAUUUUUACUCAUAUAGCUUGCCAAUGAUCAUUGCCUCUUUGUCUGCACAAGAGAAACAGACUGCUCACCCAACUAGAAUUCACUGCCAGGAGGUUAUAUCUGUGUGUUUUGGAGAAACGUAUGACACCUACAAAUAUAUGUGAAAGUUUGACAUUGAAAUUACUUUGAACUUAACAGUUGGAAAAAGUGACAGCCCUGUCAGAAACCGCACCCAUAAUGCCUUGAGUGUUUCAAGCAUCUAGCUGUAUGGCGUGAGAGCAUUAAAAUUGUUAAAAAAUGUAAUAAAUUUUAAAAAAAAUCAUGUACAAAUGUAUAAAAAUGAAAAAUGUACCCUUUUUUAAAAAAAUAAGAAAAAGAGAAGUAGACUCAUACCCCACGUUUGGUCUCCGUGUAUUGUAAAAGAAGCCAUGUUUAUAAUUCUGAUUGGUUUGUGACCAAUACGCCUGUUUAUAUCAGAUCUGUAUAUCAGUGGUACGCAUAAUUUUUAAUAUAUAUUUUUUAUUUUACCGUUUGUUUUUUAUUUUAAAUGGGAGAUUUUAUGCAUGGUUGGGUCCUUGUGGACACAGCAGUGCCAUCAAAUGGUUGCUUUUUUUGCAAGAUUACAGAGUAUUGCAAUGGCAUUGUUCAUAAGUAAAAUGAUUAUGACUAAGAAAAUGAAAAUAAUAAAAAAAAAUAUUUAUUUCA